CGUCAGUUUCAAAACUAAAACAUCCGUUAUUUUCGUAAAUUCAAUUUUCAACGUUCAGGUUCUUUGUGAGUUUGACGAUUCUGGAUUAUUUGUUUUUCACCAAUAAUGAAAUGAAUAUUGUGACAUAAUCGGAAUUUUCAAAGUAUUCAAAAGAUUUGCAUUACCGUGUUGAAAUAGUGAGACACGUUCGAGUACGUAAAUAAAGAUAUUGAAAAGACAGACAUGGCGUCUGAUGAUAAUUUUAGAACACCUGUAUCUUCGACCGAAGACCUUAUGACCUUAUCUCCUAAAAGACUUGGACUCGAGGAACCAGACAUGAAGAGCGAUUACCUCACCGACGGCGAGUUUGACAGCAUAUGCGAUAUAACCAUGAGAGAAAUCCGUGACGAUAACGUAUUUAUUGACGCUACUAGCUUAGAUUACCUGGACAAGUGUACUAUGUCGAAAAAAAAUCAAACAUCAUUAGAGAGAGGAAAGGACAGCUUGUUUGUUAAAUUCGAUCCUCUGUAUGCGAAAUCGUUCCUAGCGCACUGUACUCAACAAAAGUCUUUGGACGAGUUAUCACAAAGUGACAUCGGUUACGAAACUGCGAGCAACAAUUCUAUAUUAAAUGACGGUGCGGCACAUUCCAGACAUACUUCAUCUGCAGGAUCCAUGACCUCCAAGUGUGGGAUUGAUAAGCCAACACAAGUAGUGAGCCCAGUAGUGAGCGCAGAAAUGCCCAAGCUCCUUCCAACGCUACCAGGACCUACCCCAGCCCUCGUGCGCAGCGUCUCUGCGAUCCUCACGCCUACCCAAGCGGGUCCCGAGAGAUUGAUUUACCUAUCUGGGAGCACCCCUCCCACUGCUGCACCACGUAGCCCACGUACCAAGUUUUGUAGCGCCCAAGACUUCAAUCAUGUACAAUCCUUACGACUCAUCCUACAGAACCAAGACCAAGAGCUCUCUCAUCUCAAACACGAGAACAAGGAACUGAAAUACACAAUACAAAAGACAAGAGAAGAAACUGACAUUAAAAUUAAGAAACUGGAAGGUGAGCUGAAAACAAUGGUACACAAAGAAUGCAAGUUAGUGCAACAAAUCAAUGACAAAACAUUAAGUAACAAACAAAUGUCGAUAGUUAUGGAGGAAUAUGAGAAAACAAUUUCAUUGCUCAUUGAUGAAAAUGAAAAACUAGCAGCUGAUAGGGACGAAGCGUUGAAGCAUCUCUCAAUUAUGGAGAGCUCCUUUAGUGAUCUUUUGGCAAAAUACGAGAAGUGUAAGGGUGUGAUAAAUGAAUUUAAAGAAAAUCAAAAAGUGUUGCGUGACAAAAUAACAGAGUAUGAAACUGGAUUGAACAAGUAUGAAUCUUUAUAUAAUACACUGAAAAAAGUUACUACAGAGAGUCUAAAUGAAGCUAACAAAACUUUGGAACAGGUCAACAAAGCACACAGCAUAGAGAUAACUAAAUUAAAUGCCACAAUUAAAAAACAAGAAAUCACUAUGUCUUCCCUACAGGAAAAUCUUUUACAAAAAUCAAGAGACAUUGAAGAAUUGACUAGAAUCUGUGAUCAACUUAUAAAUGCUAACUAAGAGAAUGGUAACAGAAUUAAAUUAUGUCUCCUCAACUGAAUAUGUGAUGAGCCAAAUUCAAUUGUAGUAUUCUUAUAGCUAUUAUCAGAAAAGCACUACCAUCCACUAAUGUAGUGAGGAGUGGAUAGGCAUUUAACCCAAUAUACCAUGCUUUAGGUGAAGUUUCUAUUGUGCCCUACCAGCAUACGCACUUUAAAACCUACCUUGCUUUUGUGAACCGACUAAACAGAGAUUUUCAUUAGGUUUUCACUUGUUCUGUCAUCACCUGGCAGUUCCUUUCUUAUCAUUGUACUCUGGGGGCUGCUGUUAUGAUAAGAUAUUAUAUUCUCUUAUUUAUUAACUCGCAAACAAUUUUAAUUACCUUAAUUGUUCUAAAUUGUUACUUGUAUAACAUACUAGUGUAAAUUUGUCUUUCUGUGGCCUUCUAUGGCAGAAUUAGAAUGUGCUGUCUGUGGCUAUAGAAUUUCACCUUUCAAAGCUUAUUAAAUGCAACAGUGUGUGCUGCAGCCCAUUAUGGGCCUGGGCAUUUAUUUUCUCAAGCUAUAACUUUUCAUAGAUUAAAAAUAUAUCAUUAAAUUUGACUCUACAUAUUUUAAUCAUGGAUAGUCAUAAAAGUAAGCUGGUGUCUUAAUCCUUAUUCUAUUUUAAUUUGUAUCAUAUUCACAAAGUACAAUGACAUUUUAUUAUGUUUACUUAAAAUUUUAUAGUUAUUUACUUGAAGAUCUUCGGCAGCUGUAUAUGAUGUGUAAUUGAGGUAUUAUUAUGUGGUAUAUAAAUUUCCAAAUGAUUAAAUGGUGCUUUUGUAGUGACUUAAAAUAUAAAUUACAAUUACUUUUUGCCUAAUUUUCAUUAGCAUUCCAUGAGAUAUAUGAUUAAUCAUUAAUGGGUUUUAUUAAUGAUAUACACAAGAAGAAUGCAAACAUUUGUUAUUUUAGAACUGAUCAAAUGAAAGGUUACCGAGACAUCCAAUAAUCAAUAUUAUAAUGAAUACAGGAAAAAAUUAUUUGUUAAGUUCUGAGGUAUUGAUUGGUAUUUUAGAUUAGUAACCUAGUUUUAGUCUUUAAUAUUUACCUAGUUAGCUGCCUUACUUAUAAAUUGUGUUAAAAAGAAUCUCAUGUCUCGUUAAUUUAAUCCUGUUUAGUAUUUCGUUAGUCACAUUUCUUUAGAAACUUUCUGUGACAAAUAAAAUUUCUAAUGUUA